AAAUUAACCACAAUAAAACCCCAAUUAAGUGAUAGGUAGGGGUAUAAAACAAGGGCGUGUUUCUAUCCUGUCGUUAGGGUUUGGUUAUUAGGGUUUUCGCUGUUCAGUCUCGGUUCAACAGUCGGCGCAGGCGAAAAUCCAGAAGACAAAGCGAAAAUGCCGUCGCACAAGACUUUCAGAAUCAAGAAGAAGUUGGCGAAGAAGAUGAGGCAAAACAGGCCCAUCCCCUACUGGAUCCGCAUGAGAACUGAUAACACCAUCAGGUACAAUGCUAAGCGCCGCCACUGGCGUCGCACCAAACUUGGAUUCUGAGGUGUUUGCUCUGCCUCGGUUCGGUUUAUCCAAUUAAUUAGUUUUUCUUUUUUUACUUUUUCUUUUUUGUUGAGGCAAAAACAUUGUUUUGGAGAUUUUAUGUUUUUUCAUUUAUCGAAAUCGAUACUAAUGGUGUUCACCACCGCUUUCUAAAGUAUUUUGGAAUUCUUAGCAAGUUGUCUUCUGGAUUAUUAUAAGAUCGCUUUUAAUUUUGUUUGACUGCUGAUAA